UAUCCAUUUCCACUUGAUCCACCUUUUGUUCCUGUGGACAACCCUACUGGCUGCUAUAGGACAUACUUUCACAUUCCUGAAGAAUGGAAGGUUUGCUUACUGAUCAGUAUUCUAUCAAACCUGUGCUACUUAUAUCUUGUAUGCAUCGAAGUCGCAGGAUUUUGUUGCAUUUUGAAGCUGUUGAUUCUGCAUUCUGUGCAUGGCUAAAUGGGGUCCUGAUAGGAUAUAGUCAGGACAGUAGACUUCCUGCUGAAUUUGAAAUCACUGAUUAUUGUUAUCCAUCUGGUAUGGACAAGAAAAAUGUACUAGCUGUUCAAGUAUUCAGAUGGAGUGAUGGCUCCUACCUUGAAGAUCAAGAUCAUUGGUGGUUAUCUGGCAUUCAUCGUGACGUGCUUCUUCUUUCCAAGCCACAGGUAUUCAUUGCAGACUACUUUUUCAAAUCAACUCUGGCUGAGGAUUUUUCUUUUGCAGACAUACAGGUUGAAGUGAAAAUAGAUAACUCCAGAGACACAUCUAAAGAUAGCGUUCUUGCAAACUAUGUUAUAGAAGCUGCAUUAUUUGACACUGCGAGGUGGUACAGCAGUGAUAGGUGUGCUGACCUGCAAUUGUCUAAAAUGGAUAGUAUAAAGCUUAAUCUCUCAUCCAGCACGAGUCAGGGGUUUCAUGGUUAUUUGCUGGUAGGGAGACUGGACAUGCCGUGGCUUUGGUCUGCAGAGAAACCAUACCUGUACACUCUUGCUGUUACAUUGAAAGAUGCAUCUGGCAACCUUCUGGACUGUGAAUCUUGCCUAGUAGGCAUACGGCAAGUAUCAAAAGCCCCCAAACAGCUGCUUGUUAAUGGGCAUCCAAUAAUAAUAAGGGGUGUGAACAGGCAUGAGCAUCAUCCACGUCUGGGGAAGACAAACAUAGAAUCCUGCAUGGUUAAGGAUUUGGUUUUAAUGAAGCAAUACAAUAUCAAUGCUGUGAGAAACAGUCAUUAUCCCCAACAUCCUCGUUGGUACGAGCUCUGUGAUUUGUUUGGCAUGUACAUGAUAGAUGAAGCCAAUAUUGAAACCCAUGGUUUUGAUCUUUCUGGGCACGUGAAGCAUCCUACUUUGGAACCCAGCUGGGCUACUGCAAUGAUGGACCGUGUGAUAGGCAUGGUUGAGAGAGACAAAAAUCAUGCUUGCAUUAUCUCUUGGUCCUUAGGGAAUGAAGCUGGAUAUGGACCUAAUCAUUCUGCUUUAGCUGGCUGGGUUCGUGGAAAGGAUCCCUCACGGCUGGUACAUUACGAAGGGGGUGGAUCCAGAACCUCAUCCACAGAUAUUGUAUGUCCCAUGUAUAUGCGGGUCCCGGACAUGUCGAGGAUUUCGAGAGAUUCAAAUGAAACACGCCCUUUGAUAUUGUGCGAGUAUUCACAUGCAAUGGGAAACAGCAAUGGGAAUUUACAUGAAUAUUGGGAAAUAAUUGAUAGCACAUUUGGUCUUCAAGGUGGCUUUAUCUGGGAAUGGGUUGAUCAGGCCCUAUUGAAGGAUAAUGCAGAUGGUAGUAAGCACUGGGCAUAUGGGGGUGACUUUGGUGAUGUUCCUAAUGAUUUAAACUUCUGUUUGAAUGGCCUUAUAUGGCCAGAUCGAACUCCUCAUCCUGCACUGCAUGAAGUCAAGUAUGUGUACCAACCAAUCAAGGUUUCAUUUAGCAAAGAAACACUAAGGAUAACAAAUACCCACUUUUUUAAAGCAACACAAGGAUUGGAGUUCAGCUGGGAUGCUCAUGGGGAUGGAUGCAAACUUGGAUCCGGAAUUCUAUCUCUUCCGUUCAUCGGACCUCAGAAGAGUUAUGAUAUUGAUUGGCAGUCAGCUCCGUGGUAUCCUCUAUGGACUUCAUCAUCUGCAGAGGAAUAUUUUUUAACAAUAACAGCUAAGCUUUUGCAUUCCACACGCUGGGUUGAAGCCGGUCAUGUUAUCUCAUCUACCCAAGUCCAGUUGCCUUCCAAAAGAGAAAUUGUUCCUCACGUCAUCCAGACUAAAGAUGCUACGUUCGUCAGUGAAACUCUUGGGGAUAAAAUUAGAGUCAGCCGACAUAGCUUUUGGGAGAUCAUAUUGAGUGUUCAAACGGGAACAGUUGAAAGCUGGAAGGUUGAAGGAGUUCCUUUGAUGACGAAAGGCAUAUUUCCAUGCUUCUGGCGAGCACCAACAGAUAAUGACAAAGGAGGAGGUGCCAGUAGUUAUUUCUCCUUAUGGAAACGUGCUCGUAUUGAUAACCUUCAUUAUAUUACCAAAAGCUGUUCUAUACAGAAUAAGACGGACCAUUUUGUGAAAAUAGCUGUGGCUUUUCUUGGUGUUCCAAAGAAUGAGGAGGUUUCUUUACCUAGGUGGAAAAAGACAAAAAUUGAAGUUGAUGUGAUUUACACAAUUUACGGUUCAGGAGACAUUGUUGUUGAGUGUAAUGUAAGACCAAGUUCGAACCUUCCAUCUCUGCCACGUGUGGGAGUGGAGUUCCAUUUGGAUAAGUCAAUGGAUCAGAUUAAGUGGUAUGGAAGAGGACCAUUUGAAUGUUAUCCAGACAGAAAAGCAGCUGCUCAUGUUGCGGUCUAUGAGCAGAAAGUGGAUGACAUGCAUGUCCCUUAUAUAGUUCCUGGGGAAUGUUCAGGUAGGGCAGAUGUUAGAUGGGUGACAUUCCAAAACAAGGAUGGUUUUGGAAUAUAUGCAUCAGUGUAUGGCAGCUCUACGCCUAUGCAAAUAAAUGCAAGUUACUACACCACAGCUGAGCUUGAUCGGGCAACGCAUAAUGAAGAUCUUAUCAAAGGAGAUGACAUUGAGGUUCAUCUUGAUCACAAGCACAUGGGCCUGGGUGGGGAUGAUAGUUGGUCGCCCUGCGUCCACCAUGAGUAUCUGGUUCAUGCUUAUCCAUACUCAUUCUCAAUUAGGCUGUGCCCGAUAACCCCUGCAACCUCUGGCGAAGUCAUGUACAAAACUCAACUUCAAAACUAGUAGACAUGAUGGGCUCGAGAACUUGGUAAUGAGUACCGAGUGAUUGACAGUGUAUGAUGCCAUGAAAUAAGAUGUCUAGCUCAUUUGCAACAAAUAAUAUAAAGGCAAAACUUAUCAGUCUCUAAUAUUCUGAUUAUGAAACAUUUGUAUUUAAUAGUGCUUUUAUCUGAAGCAUUUUAGUGGUGGAUCAUGCCUA